AUGCAGCUGCUUGCAACGAACGGGCAGAUGAUGGACCUUGUGGACGACCAAUUGGCUGAGAUCUGGACCGCGUUGAUAGCAGCAGAGGACGAAGCGUCCGGAACGCAACCUUUGGUGAGCAAGUGGAGUCAACCGGUGAUGCAGUUGUUGCGGCAGAAGCGAGAGGCUGAAAAAGCGCUUGUGAAGCUGGUCGAGGUGCUGGGAUCACGGGCGUUUUUGGCAGGGAAGCUGACAGACGACGCAGUGCAAUUUGUGAGCAAUCAGCUGAGGCUCGAAUUGAAGGCAUCGCGUGUACUCGCAGAAAAAGUAAAGCAAGAGAGAUCGGCUUGCAAGACGAGGGACUUGGAUGCAAGCAAAAGUGAACAAGCUGUUGAAACGGAGCAGUUGCUGCGACAAAAAUUGCACGAUAGGGAACAGGAGCUGCAAGCCAGUCACGCUGCUGUUGUCGAAUUGACGGACCAACUAGCGCAGCAAGAGAUACGAGCUGCCGACGAGAAACAACAGUUGCAACGGGCGCUAGAGGUCAAGCUGCACGAAGUCAAUGCUCUCUGCAGUGAUGUCGACCUUCCUGCGGAUUACGACCAGACCGAAACGACAGAAGGUGUACUUUGCUACCGGGAGAAAGAAUCUGACGGCAGCCACGCGCUGGAAGACCCCCGUGUACCGAUUGCGAUCAAACUGCGCUCAGCUGUGACGUCUGCACGUGCAGACCCCAAGGAAUCCAGUCCAACCUCAGACAAUAUUGCGAGCGUUGUUGGUGCGCAUCGUCGCUUGAUUCGCGACUGUGCAGCGGACGAUCAUGGAAUACGUCGCUCCUUCUCGACACCGCAGAUCAUACAGAGUAGCAGUGUGCUAGAGGACAUUCACGUCCCCCCUGAUGAUGGUCGCAAACACACGAUCGAAGACUUUACGACACCAUUGCCCGCUGGAUGGGAGAUGCGCGUGACACUGUCCGGUGCUGUCUUUUUCUUCCACAAGCAGACGUCUACUACGACGUGGACUGAUCCGCGUUUGCUCCGGGCAGCACGUGCACCCUCCCCACCGAGGAGUCAGUCGAUCCAGGAGCAGCCGCCUAUUCGUACUUCUAGUGUCACAACGCUCGAGUCCCAACCAUCACAGCCGAAUUCAAUCACAAGACGCGCCGAAAGCGUCGACGAUGACUUCCAGUACAUCGAUGUGGUGUUUGAAGAACACGGUCCACUUGGGAUUCGUUUCCGAGCCAAUGUGCCGGACUCGGGCGCGACUGUGCAGAGUUUGGCAUCGGGCACGACCGCGGUCGUAACGGACGUUAUUGCGCCGGAUGAUGAGCUCAUCGCCGUGAACAAGAAUGUCGUAGAAUCUGCGCCAUUCCGCCACGUGAUGUUGUUGCUACAAGGAGGAUUGCGGCCUCUGACGCUCACUUUUCGACGAGCUCGUAACGAAGUGCAGCGUCCGAUCGGUCCUGGCGUAGCUGGUUUGUCAAGUGACGGUGGCGUUUCGAUUGAUAGCAGAUGUGAUGUGGGAGGUGUACCAGCUACGAUGCUGGACGAAGAAGAUGUGAUGGACGCAGAAGAUGUGGUCGACGCAGAAGAUGUGGCGGGCGGAGAAGAUGUGGCGGGCGGAGAAGAUGUGGCGGGCGGAGAAGAUGUGAUGGACGACGAAAAUGUGGCGGACGACGAAGAUGUGGUGGACGAAGGAACAGUUGUCGACUUGGAGCAGCUCCGAGUCCCGACAGCACCAUCUCAUCCUCCACCUGAACAUCUAGUUGACAGCGAAGACACUAUGAACGUUGCAGACGUUAUCAUCUCGAACAUUUUCUCACUUUUCUGGAAGCCGGACACUUCAAGUGCGAAUUAA